AUGGCGGACACCACGCUGCAAUCAUGGGAAUACCUGGAAACGCUCCCGGGAACCCAGUUCUACCGGCUAUACAGAAGUCCCGCAUCAGCUCUGGCCAUAUUCAGGAAAAGACUCUCCAGCCUGGCCAAGACAUUUGUCAUGAUGCUUCUUUACAUGCCGCAGCCGAUGACUGUGAAGCAAUUGGAAUUGUUCGUCAAGGACGGUAGCCGCGGUGAACGAGAGCAUGCCUUGGAUCUGCUACACCGCUAUCACAUCUUCAGAGACGUCACAUCCACCUCAGGAAAGGCGUACAGUCUCACCCCGGAUUUCGCCAGAUCUCUCCGAAAGGCAUUAACAGGUGCCGGUGACAGCAAGUCAUUUGGGCAAGUUGCGAACGUUCCCGACAACGACAAGGUUCCCGUAUCAGAGCUGGACGAGUAUUCACGCCAGCGAUGGGAAGGGAUAUUGGGGUACAUGGUGGGAUCCUCAGCCACACCGCUCGACACAGGGCAGGCUGCAAUCGCGCCGUCACCUGGAGUCAUCGAGCUUCUCAAAGCGGGCCACCUCAUCGAGGUCUCAGGCACCUAUAGCCGGGGACAAGCCGCAAAGAUCACGAAAGAAGGCUUCGCCUUCGUGCUCCAGGACAUCAACACGCAAAUCUGGGCGCUGCUGUUUCUGUAUGUCGACAAUGCGGAAGUUUUCGAUAUGGACAAGGUCGAUGUCUUGUCCUUCCUCUUCCUAGUAUCGUCUCUAGAGCUUGGUCUGGCAUAUUCGACGUCAACGCUGGACGAGACUCAGCAGCGGUGUCUUUCCGAUCUAGUAUCGUUCGGAAUAGUGUAUCAGCCGAUGCUCGAGGACGGCACUCCCAUGGAUUACUUCUACCCAACUCGCCUAGCCACGACUCUCACAUCCGACUCGACAACGGCACUGUCAGCAACGAAUACCACGAUAGGCUCUUCCCUGUCCCCGUCGUCUUCAGGCGCUUCUAAGGGCUUCAUCAUCGUGGAGACCAACUACCGUGUCUACGCUUACACCUCGUCACCCCUGCAGAUUGCGCUGCUGUCACUGUUUGUCAAUCUACGCUCUCGCCACCCAAAUCUCGUUGCCGGCAAAAUGAGUAAAUCGUCCGUCCAACGCGCAGUACAAGCCGGGAUUACUGCGGAGCAAAUCAUCUCGUACCUGACCGCUCACGCCCAUCCGCAGAUGCGCCGGCACGCACAAGCCGAACAAGCUCAACUGCAAGCCCGGAACACCGACCAGGGACGCGUUGUCCCCAUCCUGCCUGCCACCAUAUUGGAUCAGAUCCAUCUCUGGCAGCUGGAACGUGAUAGAAUGACCACCACACAUGGAUUCCUACUCAAGGACUUCUCCAACAAUGCCGACUAUGAGGCUCCAUGCCGCUAUGCCGAUGAAACCGGCGUUUUGGUUUGGAAGAGCGACAAGAAGCGCAUGUUCUUCGUGAACCGCAUUGAAGGCGUACGACAGUUCAUGGCGGAUAGGAGGGCAAGCGCCCAAGGCUGA